AUGGAGAGCACGCCAGGAUCGUACCCCUUUGGGGUCCGCACGGCCGAUGAAAACACCCUUGCCCUCGAGUCCGAGAACCCGACGCUGAGGGGAAUCAGCGAGUGGCCCUGGGAAUCCGUGAGCCCAUCGGGGGUUCCCCCCGUGGCCUUUCGGCCCUACUCGCUGCCCCGGUAUAUGGACCGACCGGGGCCCUAUCCCUACCAAUCCUCCUCCUCGUCGUCGCGGGAGGUCUCGGGCCCGGCAGCCAAAGUGGCCAUUCCGCGCACCACCAGCGCCAGCAGCCAGUCGCAACGCCGGCGGUCCGCCAGGGCCUGUGAACCUUGUCGCCAGCGGAAGAUCAAGUGUGAUGGGAACAAGCCGGUUUGCCGGCAGUGCAUCGACCACAACGUGAGCUGUUUCUUUGUGGACGUCAAGCGGGUCCGCGAUCAGAAACAGCUGGGGUUCCUGGGGAAGAAGGUCGAAUAUUAUGAGCAGCUGUUACAGGACCUGGAGAGGGAGGUGGAUGAGAAUGCCGCGAGACGAAUCCGCAGAGCCCUCAAGGCCUCGGAUCCGUCCUCUCCUACGGACGACGAUGGCGAUUCCGACUCGAGCACCUCGUCGAUCGGAUCGCUUAAUGCCCUCGACCUGGUGGAGGAGGACUUGAAUCGCAGCGAGAAGUCGGUGGCCACCGGGUUCUUCGGGAAGAACUCGGAGGUGGCGUGGAUGCAGAGGCUCGAGGACGAAGCGGAAUAUCGAAGCCGGAGGAUGGACGGGUCGCUCGAGGGCGAGGGCGAGGACGAGGGCGAGGGCGAGGGCAAGGCCGGGGCUUCAUCGCCGCCGCACCAUGGCUCGGCCAGGCAGGAAACCGCGAUUGCGGCGAUGAGUUAUUACCUGGACGAUCUCAGUAUUCCCUUGAUGGACUCGGUGGAUCCCUACGCGCUCCCCCCGAAGGAGUUGGCGAACCGCUUCUUCACCGGAUACAUGGAGUCGGUCCAUCCGUCGUUCAACGUCGUUCGCAAGACGGCCUUUGUGUCGCAGUAUCGCCAGUUCUUCAGUCAACCGACCAAGCCCCCCCAGCGGUGGCUGGCCAUCCUGAACAUGAUCUUCGCCAUUGGCUGUCGGUACUGUCAAGCCGUCACCGGCCCAGGGGACGGUGACUAUAACGACCUGGUCUAUCUGAACCGCGCGAGGCUACUGACGCUCGGAGAAAGCGUCAUCUUCGAACAUGCCGAUCUGCAGCAAAUUCAGGUCGAGUUUCUGGUGGCCCUCUACUUUGUCAGCAUGUGCCAAAUCAACAGGGCCUUCAAGUUCUCCAGUAUGGCUUUUCGAUCCGCCGUCUCGCUGGGAAUCAACCUGCGCUUCGUCGAUGAUCGCACGCAGUACCCCGCCAAGGAGGCGCGCAGCCGUCUGUGGUGGUCCAUCUUUCUACUCGAGCAUCUCCUCACCGCGAUCACCGGCCGAGUCUCUUGCGUGGGCGAAAGUCUCAGCGCCACGCCACUCCCCAUUCCCUUCGAGGAGGAGGCCUUUGGCCGACCCGAAGUCCUCCCUCUGUUGCAGGACUCGUCCCUCCGCAUGAAUCGUCUGAAGCUGACGCUCCUCCAGACGGACGAGGAAGCACGCGCCAGCGCCUCGUGGCUGGCCACGUGCGAGCCCAGCCCGUCGCUGUUCUUCCACUGCACGGUGGAUCUCGCGACCAUCACGCAGGCCAUCAUCAACAAGGUCUAUAGCAUUCAAGGGCUCCGCGACCGGGCGAGCCAGGUGGAGCAGCGGAUCCGCAAAUACUGCAGCAUCCUGGACAUCUGGGUCAGCAAGGUCCCCGAAGCCUACCGCUUCACCUCCGGGAACAGCGAUCACCUGGACAUGCCUGACAACAAUCACACGCCAUGGAUGCGAGAACGCCUGUCCCUGGCCAUCAGCUACUAUAGCGCCCGGAUCACGCUGUGCCGCCCGUGCCUCGGUCAUACCAGUCUGCAGCCGGGCUCGCUGUCCCCGGACCCCAUCCCCCCUUCGUCCCUCCGCCGCCUGGCGCGCCGCAAUUCCCGCAACCGCACGCACUUCAGCUCCGACAUGGCCCUCGUCUGCGUCAUCUCCGCCCGCUCCCUCCUGUCCACCCUACCCGAGACCCCCGAUAUCGUCUGGCUCACGGCCGUCACCCCUUGGUGGUGCAUCCUUCAUUACAUCAUGCAAGCCACUACCGCCAUCCUUCUGCAUCUCUCCAGCUGGCCACCCGGCACCGCGUCCAGCGAGGACCCCUCGCGCCCCGCCGCCUCCGACAUGCUCAGCAUGGUCCGCGCGGUCAAGAAGGCCCUGCGCUGGCUUCACCACAUGGCACGCUCCUAUGCGGCGUCCCGACGCGCCUUCCGGCAAUGCCACAGCGUUGUGCGGCGGAUCGCCCCGAGCCUGCGCCUCGACAUCAGUGAUCUCCCGGAUGGCAGAGACCUGCCUGUUGAUGGAGAUGAAUCUGGCUUGCAAGAUGAUGAUAUUGAUUCGUAUACUGGAGACCUCAUGGAGUUUGAUCAGGUCCACUGA